AUGAGAGGUUCUGUACAAAUUGGUAAGCAAAGUAAAAAGAGCCUAAACAUCGAACAUUGUAUAAGGUGCCCCCCUCAAGAAAUGGCUGAAGAGAAGAUUAACAGUUACAUCAAUGAGAAACUGCUUACUGAAGUGAAGCCAGUUCUGUUCACUGAUCUGAUAAGUCAAUUCAAAUUAGGACCUUCUAAGGCGAAGAAAUCAAUGUAUUCUUAUUAUAAAUUCACAUCAACUUCUAAUGUGAACUUCAAUUGUAUACUAAUGUGCUGUUACAAAGAUGGAACAGUAAAGCUGAGAAGUGAUUUAAACAAUGCAACUAACGAAAUGGAUGAGGAACAAGAUAAUCUCACGGAUUGUUUCAUUUAUGCCUUCAAUCCCAUGGAAGAAUUUAUCCCAGUUAAUUCUGUUAUCGAGCAGAUGAAUGCAUUGACUAUCAGGAAUCCAUUCAAACUAGCCACAUCAACUCUAGAAGAGGUGAAGCCAAUACAACCACAAAUGAGAUCUAAGACAACUGAUGCAAGCGGCUCCUCCAGUUCUAAAACAACGCAUAUUAGUUCAAGAUCCAACACUUUGCCUGAAUCAAAAGUUGAGAGUAAUGUCGCUGGGAAAAUUGGCAAGAAGCCAACGUCUAAGAGUAAGAGCAUGGGAUUACAGUCGACAGCGUUGUUGUCUAAAAUGAGAGAAGCAAGGGAAGCUAGGGAAACAGAAAGGCAAUUGGAGUUACGUAAAAGGAGAGAAGAUGCUAUUCAGAAGCGAACCAAGAGUGAUCCAAAGAGAAAGGCACAAAUGGAUGAAUUAAAUAAGUUAUUUGUUGAUGACGAGGACGAGGACGAGGACGAAGAGGAGGUUGAAAUCAAAGAGACAGCUACUGAGAGUGACCACCACCCUGUAGAUAUGGAGAAUAUUGUAGCGGAACAGAAUAAUAUAAACGAAAAGGAUGAACAAGGGAGUGGUACGGGGACUAGAGUUUCUAGUUCUAAGAUAGCCACGACAAAUGUCUCAGAGUUGGAGGAACUACUGAACACUACAACGGAGGACUCUAUUUUAGAAAUUAAAAAAGAUGGAGAGAAACCAAAUGAUAGGGAAGAGAAACCAUUUACUAGUUCAUCAUAUGUUGACGAGGAUGGAUACAUCGUAACCAAACGUCCUGCAACGUCAACCCCGCCACAACCCGCCAAAAAACGACAGACACAUUCAGUCAACACCAUCAAAAGUAAGAGACCUGCAUCAGUGAAGAAGAAGCAAGGGUCCAUAGAGAGCUUCUUUAAGAGAUCAUAG